AUGAUAACAAACUACACCCAAUCAACUAUUGAGCCAAUACAUUCCUCCCAUGAUAUGAUUACCACUGUAUUGAGCAUUAAUUCAAGUUUUGAAAUAGCAACAACAAGAUUUAUAUUAAAGGAUUACAUGCUUGAGAAUGAAGAAUUGGGGAAUCUUAUAAUCAAUAAUUCCCCUGACGAUUGCCCUCGACUGGGCUCCCUUCUGGUGAAGAGUGGUUGUUGUUACUGGUCUUUUGUUUUUAGUUGUUCGUUUUUUCUUUUUGUAUUGGCUGGUAUGUGUACACACCAAUUAACCAAGUCGUACGGAUGCCCCAGCUUAUUGAAAAUUGGGGGUGCUUGUCACCCCCUUAAAGGUAAGGAUGUAGGAUGUUCUACGGAUGAAAACUGGUACAGAUGCAGCACAGUUACGGAUGUCUAA